ACUAUGCUUUCUAAUUCAGUGUUUUAUUUUGAUGUCAUCCAUGCUGACAAACGUGAAAAGUUAAAGAACAUGUUACAGUCUGAAACAGAAGAAGAAAAUAGUUUAAUGUUCACUGUUGUAAGUGAACCACCUGAAGAUCGCCAAGAUAUGGACUGUGAAGAUAUUGGAUAUUCUUUUUUUAAUUUGAAAGAAAUAUUAAUGAAAGAAGAAGAUUUUAUUGACCAUGAAAUUAAAAUUGUCGAUGCAAACGAUCAAAAUACUGUGAUAGGAAAACUCAGCAUAACAAUUGAAGCCUUCAAAACUUUGAAGACCAUCCAAGAUGAAAGCUGAACUAGUCCAUUAUUUGUUAAACACAUUCUUUUUUUAUACUGUUAUAAAUGAUUAUAUAAAAAAAUUUUGUAUUACUAAAUGCUCAAUUAUGCAUCCUCAUUAAUUUUGAAGAAAGUAAUUACAUAUAUUUUCAUAUUAGAAAAUAUGUGCCAAGUUGUCAUACAUCAUCAUAUCAAAAUAAGCAAAAAAUCAAAAAUUAAAUUUCCUAUUAAUUAUAAAAUUAUCAUUAAUAUAUUUUGUGUGUGAUAAACAUGAGUAUU